GGCUGCGGAUGUUGAUAUUUUGUUUAGCGGAGCACUGUGAACCAACUGUGCCGCCGCUCGGACCGACCUUUUUCUGGCUCGCUCACCCCGCUGUGUGCCCUCGGUAAGGUCUCGGUGUCUGUCGGCGUCGCGUCUCCCCUCGGCGUCUGUCGUGGGAAGAGCGAGGCCGAAUCGUGCCAUGAUGGAGGACUUUGAUGAGAUCUACGAAGAAGAGGAGGAGGAGGAAGAAGAGGACGAGGACAGGGCCGCGGAGGAGCAGCUCCUCAAGUACGCUCCGGACCCAGUGGUAGUUCGUGGGUCCGGCCACGUCACCGUGUUUGGACUUAGUAACAAGUUUGAGUCAGAGUUUCCUUCAGCACUUACGGGAAAGGUGGCACCAGAGGAAUUUAAAGCCAGUAUAAACCGUGUAAACGUCUGCCUGAGGAAGACACUGCAGGUUAAUUUACGGUGGCUCAUGUGCGGCUGCCUGUGCUGCUGCUGCACGCUGGGCUUCAGUUUGUGGCCCGUCAUCUGCCUCAGCAAGAGGACAAGAAGAUCUAUAGAGAAACUCCUCGAGUGGGAGAACAGCAGACUUUACCACAAGUUGUGUUUGCAUUGGAGACUAAGCAAAAGGAAGUGUGAAAGCAACAACAUGAUGGAAUACGUAAUCCUAAUAGAAUUUCUACCCAAGAUUCCCAUCUUCAGACCAGAUUAGCCAGCAGCAGAACUCUGACCUCCAGUCCUGCCCAGCUCCAUCACAGAACCACAGCAGCUUUUGUUUACAGCACAGCAGUUAUUAUCCCUUCUUUCACCCAUUCUCCUACGUACAGAUUCACCACAUUAAACACAGCACUGCUGCACUGGGUGGUUGGAGUAAACGCACCAAUGGAUCAUGUUUUAUUAGGCGAGAUGCUGCACAAAGGGGACUUGCUAGCAGCAGAGCCUGUGGACCGUCGAGAGGACUGGCCCAGGGUUACAUGGUGGAUUUUGGUGCUGGAGUGACAUUGCACUCAGGUUCUGCUACAACUGGAGUUGGUCACUAGUUUGUUCCCCCACCUAACCACAUGGUACAUCUGACCCCCACCACCUUUUUUUUUUAAUCAAAAUGUUUUGACUUUACUUUUCCUGUUGCAUACUGCACCUGCAAAAAAAAAAAAAAAAAAAAACUACACCCCAGUGCUUUUGUAAGAGUUGGUUUGGUUAUCUUGAGACUGUGAAGGCAACACAUGAAACUCUAAAGGAACUGUGUGCCUUCCACCAAAUCACCUCUGCCGCGGUCACAAGUUUUGCAAAGGCAUCCAGAACAUGUACCUUCGUUCACGUCUGUACACCUCUCACUGUGCGUCACCAUCGCCCAGUGAUGUCAUCACGCUGAGCGAACUCUCCACGGUAUGAAUGGAUUCCAAAAAAUUUAACUGGACCAUUGUGUCCAGGUGUUAGACUGGCUCCACUGGUUCAAGUAACCAAGAAAUAAGGCCACUCCUACUGCAAAGAAGAAAAUCUGUUUUUAGUUUUUUAGUAUCUUAAAGUUUUGUUUACUGUUUGGUGAAAGACAAAACUUCACCAUGUUUUUUUGUGUGUGUGUGUGUGUGUGUGUGUGUGUGCGAGGAAAAUCUAAGCAAAAAGACAAAUCAGACAUGUAAAGGCACUCGUUAUUCUUUAAAGCAGGGUUCAGUCUUUGAGAUAUAGCUUUGCCAUUAAGUUUUUCUAACUUUUAUUUAUAAACGCGUGUGAGCAUAUAAUGUGUACAUUCAAGAACUACUCAUCCAUUGUUUGUGCAAUGAUGUGCCAUUGGUUUAUUUUAUUUUUUCUUCUUUCUACAUGUGUCUUACACUGACGGUAAAGCACAGUUUCAUUGUCCUCAACACCUUCAGAUGUUCUGUCGUCCAUGCAGAUAAUUGGCUUAUGCGAAUGUUCACACACUUUUCUGUACAAUCGUGCUCUGACUUAUGUUUGGGGGUUUGUUAUGACCAUUAAUAGCAGGAAUUUGUAUCAGGUAGGAUUAAUAAAAUUGUCUUGGUAACUUCACAAAGUAAAACUGACCAUGUCCUUAUAUGGAACAUGGACUAAAUCAAAAUGAAAUGCUCCAGUAAGGUAGAAAUUAACGGGUGUUGGCCACAGGCUUGGAGGUCCAGUUACCUCUCCGACGUGCUGGUAACUGUUCAAAAGAUUAAUGGGAGAAAAAGAAAAUCUAGGACUACCGAUUCCCCUUCCAUAGGCCUGGAACCUAUGUUCCCGAGUGCACGUCACACAAAGCAGCAGCUGCACUCAGGCCAAAGUAAAGAGCUUUAUUGUGAAAAUCUUACAAUACUUCAACAUCAACACAUUAUCGGGAACUGGUUUGCUGAUUGUCUGAAAUACAUACUAUAGCACAGCCUUUGCAGAUGAUGAUGAUGUGAUCUUUGUGGAAUCUACGUUUGUAGACCAAAAAAAAAAAAACCAAAGGGCUGACAGUUUUUAAGAGUCCUGAUGGUUCCAGUCUUACUGUGCAGUUAUGACACUCAGAUGUUUUGAAUCUAAGUCUCUUUGGAGAACCCUUGGGUCUCAGUUUGAAUGACAUUGUGUCAAAUGAAUAGUUAAAGGGGCUCAGCUGCACAAAGGCGGCUAGGUGUAUCACCUGCCUGUGACAGACAGAUGGCGCCAUUAGCAAGCUAGGUGAAACAAAGAUGCUGCAACAACAUGCAGUUGGGGUGAUUAUCCCUGGGCAAGGUGAUCUUCAAUUGAUUAUUUUCUUGAUUAAUUAAUUUAUGUCUGUUUAAUGUGAUAAAAAUGAAGUAUGUUUUCCAGAGCCCAAGCUGAUGCCUUCAGAUUUCUUGUUUUUACACAGCACAAAAAAUAUUCAAUUCACUGUCCGAGAGGAGUAAUGAAACUAGUAAAAGCAACCUGGAAAAUACUCACAUUUAAUCAUUACAAAUGGGAGAAUUAGAGUUUUUAUGACUCAAAAUAAUAAUCUAAAUAAGUGUCACUUAAUUUAAUAGUCAAUCAUUGCAGCUGUACUGAACAGUUAAACAUGUGACACUCACUUUUUCUGCUGAACUGCUGGGCCAAUGACCCCAAACUGUCCCAAAAUU